AUGUGGCAAAACGCCCUCGCCACUGCUGGCUGGGUGCUCGCCGCCUUGCUGCUUGCGCGGCUCAAGCGAUCGCAGCCGCUCACACGCAUCGGCGUCAGCGCCAAGCUCCCGUUUGCGCACGCUGUGGUAGCCGGCGACGUGGUGUACCUCUCCGGCGUGACGGCGCAGGCAGACGGCGAUCCCAUCAGAGAGAGCGACAGCGUGGAGCAGCAGACGCGCAGGGUACUGCGCGUGAUCGACGAGCGGCUGAGCCGCGCCGGCACCGACAACUCUCGGGUGGUGCAGGCGCAGGUCUGGCUCAAGGACAUAGGUCGCGACUUUGCUGGCAUGAAUGCAGCGUGGAACGAGUGGGUCGGAGAUGAUGAUAAGCCCACGCGGGCGACGGUCGAGGCUGCGCUGGCCAAGCCAGCCAUGCUCGUGGAGAUACAGGCGCUCUCCAUGUCGGCGCCGCCGGACUGGGAGCCGUGCUCCCUCGGCCGGAAUGGAGAAGGCAACGCCGACACUUUCCUCAAGCGCAACCAUGGCUACGGCUACAACGACAUGAUUGCGCUUCCGACACUCACCAAGGACUCUCUGCUCGAGAACCUGGCUCGGCGGUACAAGUACGAGGUGGUGUACACCUAUGUGGGUGACAUCGUCGUCUCCGUCAACCCCUUCAAGAACGCGCUGGUGGACCACGCCUACAACGAGAUGGUGCGGAACGAAAAGUCACAGUCGAUUCUCAUCUCGGGCGAGUCGGGCGCCGGCAAGACCGAGGCGAUGAAGAUUGCCCUCUCGUACAUCGGCGAGGUGUCUGCCAAGAAGGGCCAGCGAGUCUCGGACGAGGUUGCGUCGCGGCUGAUGCAGACCAACCCCAUCAUGGAGGCGCUCGGCAACGCCAAGACGGUGCGCAACAACAACUCGUCCCGCUUCGGCAAGCACUUUGACGUGCAGUUUUCGGCGAAUGGCGUCAUCAUUGGCGCCUUCACGUCGGCCUACCUGCUCGAGAAGCCGCGUAUCACCGUCCACCUCGAGGGCGAGCGAAACUACCACGUCUUCUACAUGCUCGCCAAGGCGCCCGCGGCGGUGCGCGAGUCGCUCGGGCUGACAAAGUGGCAGGACUACAAGAUCUGCAACCAGAAGGGCACCGUCGCGGAGGUGACGACUUGGAACGACGCGGCUGAGUUCGAGGACAUGCACGAGGCGCUGCUCAAGGUUGGCUUCACCGAGGAGGCACGGCUCGAGCUGUACAAGAUGCUCGUCUUCGUGCUGCAGCUGGGCAACCUCGACUUCAAGCCCGGCAAGGAGGGCUCCGAGGCCAAGGACCCCAAGCAAGUGACUCCGCAGCAGCUGAUGGACGCCAUCUCGUACCGCACCAUGGGCGGCGGCAAGCUCUCCACCUACAAGGUGCCGCUCGAGCCGCGCGCCGCGACAGCGGCGCGCAACUCGCUGUGCGCGCACAUUUACUGCCUGGUCUUCGACUGCGUCGUCUCGGUCAUCAACGACUACAUCAGCGUCUACAACGCGGCGCACUGCGUCGGGCUGCUCGACAUCUUUGGGUUCGAGAACUUCAAGACCAACUCGUUCCCCCAGCUGUGCAUCAACUUUACCAACGAGUCGCUGCACAACCUCUUCAUCGAGCACGUCUUCAAGCUCGAGCAGGAGGUGUACGUCAAGGAGGAGGUCGAGUGGAACUUCGUCUCGUACGAGGACAACCAGCACAUCAUCGACCUCAUCGCCAAGCGGCCGAUCUGCGUCCUCGGCCUCCUCGACGAGGGCUGCGCCACCGGCUCCGGCAAGGACUCGACCGACCGCACCUUUGUGCUCUCGCACUACGCCGGCGAGGUGGUGUACACCAUCGAGGGGUGGGUCGAGAAGAACAAGGACGAGCUCUCGCCGGACGUGCUGAUGCUGCUCGAGGUGCACUCGCAGUUCGAGCGGCUGAGCGAGCUCGCGCGGGCCGACACGCAGAAGAAGCUCGAGGCGGCCGAGAGCAAGGCCAAGCCGGGCAAGCGCGGCGGCGGCGGGAUGAAGAAGAAGACCGUCGCCAAGACCUUCUCGGAGCAGCUGGCGACGCUGAUGGAGAAGCUACGCGCGACGGAGCACCACUACAUCCGCUGCCUCAAGCCGAACCAGACGCUGCAGGCGGGCGACUGGGACAACGACUUUAUGUUCAAGCAGCUCGCCUACUCGGGCACGCUCGAGGUGACGCAGAUCCGCAAGGCGGGCCUCAACGUCCGCCGCCCGCUCAAGCACUUUUACCAGUACUACAAGAUUUGCGCAGACGACCCCUCGGCGCUGCGCGCGGGGACGGUGACGAAGCGGACCGAGCUGCUGCUCAAGCAGCUGGGCGUCGACGAGAACAAGUACCGCGUGGGCAAGACGCUCCUCUUCCUCCUCAACUUCGAGAUCAUGGAGCAGCUCGACGCCAUCCGGACGGAGCGCGUCGCCGAGUACGUCAUCAUCCUGCAGUCCUACAUGCGGAUGCUGAAGCCGCUCCUGCAUUACAAGCGCGCCAAGCGGUGCAUCCUGCGGCUACAGGGCUUCUGCAAGUCGUGGGAGAUCCGGCGCGCGUACUGCGAGGUCCGCGCCGCGGCCAAGCUGCUCGAGCGGUGGACCCGGACCUACCUGGCGCACCAGAAGCUGCUCGACAUGCGGGAGAGCGACGACCCGGCGCUGACGCCCGACAAGAAGCGGGAGGCGCUGCUCAAGAUCCUCUACCCCGCCAAGCACGGCCGAGGCCGCAUCGGCCUCUCGGGCAAGCGCCGGCCGCUGCGGAUCCAGCCGACGCGCACCGUCGGCGACGACGCCGACGAGGACGAGUUCGUCGAGAUGCCUCGCUUUGAGGUUGCGUACGAGGGGUGGCUCGUGUGCAAGGUAGGCCAGAUGGGCAAGUACGAGAAGCGGUACGUCUCGCUGAAGCAGGGGACCCUCUCGCUGUACGUCGACCAUGAGGCGCUGCAGGUGGUGCACUCGCUCAACAUGGCCUCAUGCGCCGUCAGCCUCAAGUCGGCAGCGAUCGAGGUGCGGCGCGCCGACGGCGCCGGCCUCUUUUUGCAGAAAAGGCGGCGGUUUAAGGCCUCGCGCUGGGGCGGCGGCGACGUCGUCGUGUUUCAGCGGGAUUCGCUCGCCCCCGAGGCGAGCGAGGCGUGGGCGGAGAAGCUGCAGGCUUCGGCGGGCGAGGCGCGCGCCGUCGACGGGUACAAGAUGCAGGUGAGCCUCGACGGUGACCAGGACGAGAAGCCGGUCGACCAAAAGGUGGCGGCGGUGAUCAAGGAAGGGUACCUGCGCAAGAAGAAGGAGGGCACCUUUGGCAAGUGGGAGCGCCGCUUCUUCGUGCUCUACAACGACGGCAAGCUGCGGUACUACGAGUCCAAGGCCAAGGCCGAGGAGAAGGGUGCGGUCGACCUGCGCUGGUUCGCCCUCAAGGAGGUGGAGGAGGAGAUGGAGGUUGCCGAGGACGACACCGGCGAGUCGGCGGGGCUGCGGGUGCAGGGCCAGCUGUUCAAGGUGGUCAAGGGGAAGCAGUUCUCGCUCAUCUCGGGCAAGCACGCCCUCUACAUGGCGUCGCCAGAGCGCGAGCUGUGCGACGAGUGGAUCGCGACGCUGCAGCAGACGCUGGCGCUCCUCUACCAAAAGUCGCCCUUCUUCAAUCCGGAGGUGCUUCGCGUGUACAUGAUGGACGGCUCCUUCACGAGCAUCCCGCUGACCGAGAACACGCACGGCCGCGACGUGGCCCGCUUCAUGUGUAAGAAGCACGGGCUCAACAACGAGACCGAGUGGGGGCUGCUCGAGCUCUGGGACCACCCCGGUAUCGCGGGCAACAUGACCGAGCGCAAGCUGCCGGGCGACGAGCUGCUGCUCGACCAGACGCUCGUCAACUGGGAGCGGGCGGCGCGCAUACGCUUCGGCAUCAUCUCGCAGGUGCCGGCCAGCUCCUUCCGGCUGGUGAUGCGCAAGGUCACCUCGCUGCUGCCGCAAGCGCGCACCAAGAAGGAGCAGCAGCUCGAGUUUUGCCAGGCGAUGUCGGACUUGCGCGAGGGGCGCUUCACCUCGCCCGACAAUAGCGAGAUCUUCGACCUCGCCGCGCUCGCCAUCUUCAAGGACCUCAAGGAGGGCAUGACGGAGGAGGAGCAGGACGACGACCUCGAGGGGCAGCUGACGGACCAGCUGCACAACUACCUGCCGUCGCACAUGUUCCGCGCGCUCGCCAACAAGCGGCGCGGGCUGCAGGACUCGAUGGUGGAGGAGUGGGAUCGGAAGGUCGUGCGCGCCUUCAACGAGCUCACCCGCGCCGAGCUCAUCGAGACGGAGAGCAUGUCCGAGGUGCGGCGCAUCGUCCAGUCCUUUCGGAUGGAGACCGAGCUCAAUGCCGUUGCCGCCACGCGCAUGUGCAUUGAGCGGGUGCGACUGGCGCCGCUCUGCUUCUCGGCGCAGUACAUCGCCGAGAUGUGGUCCGUCGACAAGAUCCUCAAGGUGCUGGUCGUGAUCAACGCUGGGGGGCUGCACGUCUACCGGCUUGGGCCGUCGCCGGUGCUGAUCUCGACCUUCAACUUCGACACGCUCGUCUCGUGGCAGUCGAUGAACGACAUGCUUAUCAUCAACAUCAUCUAUGCCACCAAGCACGACCACAACAAACGGCGAGCGAGCGCCCCCUUGCAGCGAGAGAAGCUGCGCUUCCUCACGCGCGAGGCGAUCCACAUGCGCAAUAUCCUCACAAAGUACGCUGAGGUUGUGCUCGCCAAUCUGGUCAAACGCAUGCGAGAGCGCGACGCGAUGCAGCGGGAGGAUGACAAUUGAGAGAGGAGAGCCGUGUGUGCAUACUGAUGUACCGCGAUCACCGUACCGCGUAGCUGGGAUAUUUUCAAAAAAAGGCAGUGGGAGGGC